GCUAGUGUUGUGUCAAUGGUUGUCGUUCUUCAAUUCCCAUAUCCAAAUCAAGUACUAUGAUCCCACGCUUCCCCAACUUGCGAAAUGUUUGUAUUGUCUCUGGGUAGGCUUUGUCUUGCAAGUUUGUCAUCGCCAUUAAUCCAAGAUUCCUCCAUCAGGACCAUUUUGGGUAUAGCCGGGCGGGAUAAGAUUAAUUCAGAUUCGGUGUAUAGUUGGUGACACGAUAAGAUUAAUUCAGAUUCGAUUCAGAUCACGCACCCAGAAUCAAAUAGCUUCUUUAUAGCUAAGCUAGUUUGUAUAUAUGCAGGUACGUACUGCAUUUUUCUUUCAUUUCUUGCAGCCAUCUUCAUCUUUUUAUCUUCUCGAAUCCUUGCAGGGUACUGUUCAUCAGAUCUGUUAGCUCAUCAUCAAGAUCUCAUCUUCUUGCUUGAAAGGCCACAGCACUGUUGAAGGUGCAAUCUGCAGCAGCUUAUUAGGGCAAUUAUAUAUUGAGUAUAACUGUAAAAGGAAGGUUUUUGGUGAUGGAAAAUGGAGAUGAGUUUUCAUCAUCCAUGAACUUUGCUUCAUCUUCAUCCUUAUCAAAUGGACCACAUAUGCCUUCCUGCAGUGGGAGUGUUGAGUUUCUGAGUUUGAAUGAGCUAAGCAGUGGCCUGGAAAAGCUCUUGACAGAUGCUGAAUUUGACUACAGUGAUGCAGAGAUUGUGGUUGAGGGGGUUUCUGUGGGCGUUAAUCGCUGUAUUUUGGCUGCCCGGAGUCGUUUUUUCCAUGAUAAGUUCAAGAAAGAAAGGGGAAAUCAAGAUUCUGGAAAGGAACCUGGAAAACCGAGAAUUUUAAUGACUGAAUUGGUGCCUUGUGGUAAGGUAGGCUAUGAAGCUUUCUUGACAGUCUUGAAUUAUUUGUAUACUGGAAAGCUCAGGACUUAUGCCCCCGAGGUUUCAACCUGUGUCGAUGAAUCCUGUGCUCAUCAUGCUUGUCGCCCCGCCAUUGAUUAUGCUGUGGAGCUCAUGUAUGCUUCUGCAACCUUCCAAAUCACAGAACUUGUCAUGGUUUUUCAGCGCCAUCUGUUUAGCCUUCUCGACGAGGCUCUUGAGGAUGAUGUUAUUCCUAUACUUUUGGUAGCCUUUCGCUGCUCCCUCGGGCAGCUACUAGAGCAAUGUGUCGAGAGAAUCACACGAUCCAACAUAGACGCCUUCACGCUUGAGAAAGAGCUUCCUUACAAAGUUCUGAGCGAGAUAAGAGCGAGUAGGGCUGCACCAGUGGUGGUGGAUUCUGUGAAGGAAAAGAGAAUUGGUAAAAUCGUGAAGGCUCUCGAUUCUGAUGAUAUCGAGCUGGUUAAAUUACUUCUGGAGGAAUCAAACGUCUCGCUUGAUGAUGCCUGUGCCCUGCACUUUGCAGCAGCAUAUUGCACUCCCAAAAUUGUCAAUCAAGUGCUUAGCCUCGGCCUGGCUGACCUCAAUCGUCGCAAUGUGCAAGGCUACACCGCGCUCCAUGUGGCUGCCAGGCGCAGGGACCUGUCGAUCAUCGUGGGGCUGCUGAGUAAUGGAGCAUCUGUUAUGGAUGCUACCAUGAAUGGACAGACUGCUGUUACAAUCUGUCGCAGGUUGACUAGGCCUAAGGAGUACUAUAAGGCAACAAAACAUGGACAGGAAACUAGUAAUGAUUGGUUGUGUAUUGAUGUCCUGGAGAGGGAAAUGCUGAGGAAUCCAAUCUGUCUGAGGAAUCUUUCUCAGCCAUCAUCAAUGCUGGAUGAGGAAUUGGUUAUGGAUCUUUACAUCCUCGAGAACCGAGUGGCUCUGGCAAGAGUACUGUUCCCUCGAGAAGCCAAACUGGCCAUGGAGAUGGCGCGUGCUGAUUCAACCUCAGAGUUUGCUGGCCUUUCUUCAACAGAAGGAAACCCGAGAUGUCUUGAUCCGAAAGAGUUGCCUCCCUUCCAAGUCAAACAGCUCAAGGACCGCAUGGAAGCCCUGCAAAACACUGUGGUGACAGGACGGCGUUUUUUCCCCAACUGCUCAGAAGUUUUGGACAGAUUGUUGGAUGAUGUUUUUGUUCAUGAUGCUGCAGUGCUGGAUAGUGGGACUCCAGAAGAGCAGAAGAUCAAGAGAGUUAGAUACACCGAACUUAAGAAUGAGAUAAUGAAGGCAUUUGACAGGGACAAAGCUGAGAUGAACUCUUUCAAUGGGUUCUCCCCAUCUUCUUCUUCCUCAACUUCAGCUAAGAUUAGUGUGUCUCCAAAGGGUAGAAGAAGAUAGGUUUGGUCAGUUUAUAUUUGAUGCCAGUUUUUCCAUUCUUUAAUGUUGGGACCUUGUAAGAUCCUUGUAUACACAUUAACCAAUAAGGAAUUUCAUUGUUCACCCUGUUACAUUAUAAUUAUAAUUUUAAUAAAGGAAAUAACUGUCGUGGGGAUGUA